UGCAGAGAGCUGUAGUAAACCAUGAAGACAGUCUGCAGAGAGCUGUAGUAAACCAUGAAGACAGUCUGCAGAGAGCUGUAGUAAACCAUAAAGACAGUCUGAUGAGGAGGUAUGAAUGUGUGAUAGAAGGCAUCGAAACAGCAGGGACUCAAACUCCCCUUAACAGGAUUUACACAGAGCUCUACAUCACAGAAGGAGAGAGUGAAGCGGUUAACAAUGAACAUGAGGUGUGGCAGCUAGAGACAGCAUCCAGGACACCAACCUCACAUGACACAGCAAUCCACUGCAAUGACAUCUUUAAACCCUUAGCUGGCCAAGAGAGACGCAUCAGAACUGUGCUGACGAAGGGCAUCGCUGGCAUCGGAAAAACAGUCUCUGUGCAGAAGUUCAUCCUAGACUGGGCUGAAGGGAAGGCUAAUCAAGAUGUGGAGAUCAUAUUUGUGCUUCCUUUCCGGGAGCUGAACUUGAUCAAAGAUCGCCAGUACAGUCUUCUCAGACUUUUAAAUGACUUCCACACAGAACUAGACAAAGGCAAUGCAGAGAAACUCACUGCCUGUAAAACUAUGUUCAUCUUGGAUGGUUUGGAUGAAAGCAGAUUUCCAUUGGAUUUCCAGCACAAUGAAAAGGUGUCUGAUGUCACCCAGACAUCAUCUCUUGAUGUUCUGCUGACAAAUCUCAUCAAGGGGAAUCUGCUUCCCUCUGCUCUCCUAUGGAUAACCUCCCGACCAGCAGCAACCAAUCAGAUCCCCCCUCAGUGUGUUGACCAGGUGACAGAGGUACGAGGGUUCAAUGACCCACAGAAGGAGGAGUACUUCAGGAAGAGAUUCAGUGAUGAGGACCUGGCCAGCAGAAUCAUCUCACACAUAAAGACAUCAAGGAGCCUCCACAUCAUGUGCCACAUUCCAGUCUUCUGUUGGAUUUCUGCAAUAGUCCUUGAACACAUGUUGAGUACAGACAAGAGGAGAGAGAUGCCCACGACUCUGACUGAGAUGUCCAUACACUUCCUGCUCAUUCAGACCAGCCUGAAGAACCAGAAGUAUCAUGGAAGAGAUGAGAUGGAUCAAGAGGAGCUCAUGGAGUCAGAUAAGGAAAUUCUUCUGAAGCUGGGGAAGCUGGCGUUUAAAAAUCUGGAGAAGGGUAAUCUGAUGUUCUAUGAAGAAGACCUGAAAGAGGCUGGCCUUGAUGUCAAAGAAGCUUCAGUGUACUCAGGAGUGUGCACACAAAUCUUUAAAGAAGAGUCUGUGUUAUUUCAGAGAGUGGUGUACUGCUUUGUUCAUCUGAGCAUUCAGGAGUUUCUCUCAGCUGUCUACAUGUACCAUUGUUACACAACCAGGAACAUGGAUGCACUGAAGCCCUUCCUCAAGAGAAAGUCUAGAAAGUCUAGAGGUGCGUCUGAAGAGCUAACUUUGGAUGAGCUGCUGAAGAGUGCCGUGGAUAAAGCCUUGGAGAGUAAGAAUGGACACCUGGACCUUUUUGUCCGCUUCCUUCAUGGCAUGUCACUGGCAGCCAAUCAGAAACUCCUACGAGGUCUGGUGACACAGACAGAAAGCAGUCCAGAGAGCGUCAAGAAAACAAUCCAAUCCCUUAAGGUGAUGCAGAGGAAGAACAUCUCCCCUGAGAGGUGCAUCAAUCUCUUCCACUGUCUGAUAGAGAUGAAAGACCAUUCAGUACAGAAAGUAAUCGAAGUAUACUUGAGGUCAGAGAACAGAUCCAAAAACCUCUCCCUUGCUCAGUGUUCAGCGCUGGCCUACAUGCUGCAGAUAUCAGAGGAGGUUCUGGAUGUGUUUGACCUGAAGGAAUACAAGACAUCAGAAGAGGGUCGUAGGAGACUGCUCCCAGCUGUGAGAAGCUGCAGGAAAGCUCUACUCACUGGCUGUAAACUCACAGACACAUCCAGUAAAGUGUUGGCCUCAGUUCUCAGUUCAAACCCCUCACACCUGAGAGAGCUGGACCUGAGUAUCAACGACCUGAAGGAUUCAGGAGUGAAGCUGCUCUCUGCUGGACUGGGGAAUCCCCACUGUAAACUGGAGACUCUGAGACUCAGUGGCUGUAAACUCAGAAACACAUCCUGUAAAGUGUUGGCCUCAGUUAUCAGUUCAAACCCCUCACACCUGAGAGAGCUGGAUCUGAGUAACAAUGACCUGAUGGAUUCAGGAGUGAAGCUGCUCUCUGCUGGACUGGGGAAUCACCUCUGUAAACUGGAGACUCUGAGGCUGUCAGGCUGUCUAGUCACAGAGGAAGGCUGUUCUUCUCUGGUCUCAGCUCUGAGGUCAAACCCCUCACACCUGAGAGAGCUGGAUCUGAGUAACAAUGACCUGAAGGAUUCAGGAGUGGAGCUGCUCUCUGCUGGACUGGGGAAUCCCCACUGUAAACUGGAGACUCUGAGGCUGUCAGGCUGUCUAGUCACAGAGGAAGGCUGUGCUUCUCUGGUCUCAGCUCUGAGGUCAAACCCCUCACACCUGAGAGAGCUGGAUCUGAGCUACAAUCACCCAGGAGACUCAGGAGUCAGACUGCUCUCUGCUGGACUGGAGGAUCCACACUGCAGACUGGAGAAACUCAAUGUGGAACAUGGUGGAGAGAACAGAAUGAAACCUGGACUUAGAAAAUAUGUCUGUGAUCUCACACUGGACCCAAACACAGUAGACAGACUCCUCUCUCUGUCUGAGGAGAACAGAAAGGUGACAUGGAGGACAGAGGAGCAGCCGUAUCCUGAUCACCCAGAGAGAUUUGAGGACUGUGGACAGGUGCUGUGCAGAGAGGGUCUGACUGGGUGCUGUUACUGGGAGGUAGAGUGGAGUGGGAGAGGGGCUGAUAUAGGAGUGACAUAUAAAGGAAUCAACAGGAGAGGAUGGGUUAAGGACUGUUGUCUUGGAUGGAAUGACAAGUCCUGGAGUCUGAACUGUUCUGACAACAGUUACUCUGCCUGGCACAAUAAUAAUCCCACUACCAUAGACGUCCCCUCCUCCAGCCCCCACAGAGUAGGAGUGUAUCUGGACUGGCCAGCCGGCACUCUGUCCUUCUAUAGAGCCUCCUCUGACACACUGACCCACCUGAUCACAUUCACCUCCACAUUCACUGAGCCCCUCUAUCCAGGGUUUGGGGUUUAUGGUGAUUCCUCAGUGACUCUGUAAAUAAUAACCUGAAACACACACACACACUGGACACACAAACACAUAGGACACACACACACUGUGCAGGGAUUUGGGUUGAUUACAACUCCUCAGUGUCCCUGUGUCAGUGACACACACACUGGACACAGACUGGAUUCACACACACACACACACACACACACACUGGACUCACGAACACACACACACAUACUGGACAAAAACACUCACACACACACUGGACUCACACACACACUGGACUCACACACACACACACACACACACUCACACACACUGGACCGACACACACACCCUGAACACACACAUAAACACAUAAACACACACUGGAAACACACACACACUGGACGCACACUCACAUUGCACACACACACUGGACAAACACACACACUGGGCAAAGACACACACACACACACACUGGACAAACACACACAGGCUGGACAAACACACACAGGCUGGACAAACACACACACACUGGACAAACACACACACACAAUUGGACACACACACACACUGAACACACACACUGAACACACACACUGAACACACACACACUGGACACACACACACUGAACACACACUGGACUCACACACACACACACACACUGGACUCACACAUACACACACACACACACACACUGGACUCACACACACACACUGCACUCACACACACACACUGGACUCACACACACACACACUGGACUCACUCACACACACACACACACACACCCUGAACACACACUGGACUCACACACACACACACACACACACACACACACACACACACACACACACUGGACUCACACACACACACUGCACUCACACACACACACUGGACUCACACACACACACACACACACUGGACUCACUCACACACACACACACACACACACACCCUGAACACACACUGGACUCACUCACACACACACACACACCCUGAACACACACUGCACUCACACACACACACUGGACACACUCACAUAAACACACACACUGGACAGACACACACACACACACUGGACUCACACACACACACUGCACUCACACACACACACUGGACUCACACACACACACACACACACACUGGACUCACUCACACACACACACACACACACCCUGAACACACACUGGACUCACUCACACACACACACACACACCCUGAACACACACUGCACUCACACACACACACUGGACACACUCACAUAAACACACACACUGGACAGACACACACACACACACACACACUGGACAGACACACAUACACACACACUGGACAGACACACACACUGGACAGACACAUACACACUGAACACACACACACUGAACACACACACACUGGGCAAAGACACACACACACACACACAAUUGGACACACACACACACUGGACAAAAACACACACACACUGGACACAAACACACACACUGAACACACACACACUGGGCAAAGACACACACACACACACACUGGACAAGCACACAAACACAGACACACACACACACACUGAACACACACACACGCUAGACACACACACACACACACUGGACACAAACACACACACACACACUGGACACACACACACACACACACUGGACACACACACACACACACUGAACACACACACACACACUGGGCAACGACACACACACACACUGGACUCACACACACACACACACACAAACACACUGAACACACACACACACACUGAACACACACAGACACUGGACACACACACACACACACUGAACACACACACACACACACACACACACUGAACACACACACACACACACUUGACACACACACACACACUGAACACACACACACACUGGACAAACACACACAUGCUGGACAAACACACACACUGGACUCACAAACACACACACACAUACUGGACAAACACACACACACACACACACACACUGAACACACACACACACACACACACUGAACACACACACACACACUGAACACACACACACACACA